ACCUAUCUAUAUACAAUGCGCAUGCCAAUUUUGCAAAUAUGAAAACGUAAUAUAGAAGGUAUGUUUAAAUGGCGGGAAAAGCAACUAGCAGCUAGUAGCAUACAUACUUGGGCUUGAUGCUUUUUCGACCAAACUUUUUAUUUGAAAAUGGAUUUAUACUCUGAUGUUAAUUAUGUGCACGAAAGGUCGCCAUGUCCUAAAUGUCGAGUCAACAUCGAUACAGCAACACAAAGAAAACCAUCACUAACUAGUUCGCAAAGAAUUAUUGUCUUGGCAACCAUAGUUCUAUUUAUUUUAUCUUGUGCAAUUUUGGCAUGCAAUGUAUGGAUACUAUCAGAAAACAUAAACAUCAGAAAAGAACUGUCCACCGAGUUACAUAAAGCUGCAUUACAAAGGCGAGUAGAAGACACUCACCGAGGUGAAGACAACGAUGGAGGUUACAAUCACGUGGUUUUGAAACGGAAUGCCCAAAAGAAAACCAAAACGAAGAGAGCUCGCAGAUGUAAGUGCAGAGGGAGGCGUGGAAAAAGAGGACCUCCCGGACCCAAAGGUGAUACAGGGGAGAAGGGUGAAUCUGGUACAGCAGGGGAACAAGGACCAAGUGGUGCUCGAGGUAUAAAAGGAGAUCCUGGUCCUGUGGGAAUACAAGGAAAUACAGGACCAAGAGGGGAGAAAGGUGAACCUGGAAAAUUGAUGAAAAUAAAAGCAUCUCAUUAUACCUCCGACUUCGAUCGUGACAUAGACCAUAAGGACAAGAUCUGGGAAAAGAAUGAGAAUGGUUAUAGAAUAUAUGUGGAAUGCAACACACUAUGGCAUGGUACAGUCUGUAGAAAUAGAACAUAUACGAGUUUAAAAAACAGUCAGACUAUGACAUUUCUAGAGAGAUCAAAUUGGAAUAAUGUCGAAAAUCCAUUUGAUGAUACAGAAAAAGGAAAAUAUAAAGCGAAAGAAACAGGGAUAUAUCUUGUUUACUUCCAUGUUGUAUUCAAUAAUGUUUUGUCCAGGGAAGAAAUAGCUAUCAUACAUCAUCGGCAUAACCCAAACACGGACACUGUACUGAGGUGUGUUGAAGGCAACGGCAGUUAUGUGCAUGGACCAAAAAGUCAUAAAAACAAAAAGAUGAAGACUUGCAGCAUAACAAGUGUACUAUUCGUUCAACAGAACGAUGUUUUAGAAAUACAAAACAAAAUUGCUGGUACAACCAUUGACCUCACGAAGGAUGCUACAUAUUUCGGAGCAGUUCUGUUAUCAAAUGUUUCUCAAUGAUCUCGGUUUUUUCAUGCUUCAAAUAGAGAUUUUUUUUAUUAACUCAAAAGUGUUUUAAAUUUAUUCGUCAAAUACAAAUAUUAGACUUUAACAAAUAGUAUAAUAGAAAUUAGUUAAACGUCUAAUUGUUUUUUUUUUAGUUAACAAACACAUUCCUGUGCACACUAUAGUAAUUAAUGACUUGAUAUUUUUAGAAGACACUGUUUGCGAGUAUUCAUCAUAUAUUUAUGAUUGCUUAUUCACUUAGUAUUUGUUGUAAGCUACAUGUGGAAUAUCAAUUAUUAUGUCAUGUCUUUCUCUGCUAAUCAAAGAUUAAUUUGUUAUUCUUUAGAAGCUGUUACUUUUACACUGAAAUCCUUUAUAUCUUAACUUGGUUCUUUAGAAAAUACCUGACCAAAUCAAAGUUAUACCGAUGUUAUGUUAAUAUCUCUCAAGACAAGCAUAGGAGUGACAUACAUAAACUAUUUUCACUGAAUUUCUGUAAUACCGUUGUUUGUAAGAGCAUUUCUACAAAACAUAAAUGAAAAGUAAACAGAUGGAAAUAAUUUUUUAUAGCUAAUUUUUCUUAUAAAGAUCAAUAAAAUGUUGUAUACUUAAUAACUUAUAUACGGUGCAAUUAAUGGAUUAUAUAAGUAAUUAAUACUGGGGGGGGGGGGGGGGGGUAUUUUUCUCUUUUGUCUCUCUUUGCAAAUGAGAGUCUGUAAUACUGAAAGAGGUGUUUAUCAAUGCAAUAUAUUUAUAAUGAAGAAAAGAAAUGCUUCACAAAUUUAAUUGGUUUUUCUCUCAAUAUUAUAAUCAUAGUUCUAUCUUCUAUUUUGUGUGUGUUUCCUUGCCAAAAAAAAGAUUUUAUUGAUUUUCAAUUUUCUACUUUCACUCGGUAUUUUGCGAAAUAGUGGCAACACAUCCCAUUAGUACUCUGAUGUUACUGCAUUUAACAUAUAACAGGAUACAUAUGUCCAUCUUUGACCACAAAUAAUCUUAAAAAUUUACGUUUGGAAAAAUUGCUCCUACAUGGCGAGCGUACAGACAUCCAGUCUCGUUUUUAUUUAGUCUUACUGUGAUCGUAAAAGUUUAUCAUAUUUAUAUACUACUAUAUUUAAAGUUGUUGUACGUCUCAAAUAAAUACUUGUCUAUUUUGAGAUUUUCUAUACAAAUCUGUUCAGAUAACAUAUCUCUUGACCUAGUUUUUAAACCGUCCUUUGUCAACUUCAUGUAAAGAUUUUAUCAUGUGUAAAUAAAAUUCUGUUUUAUA